UGCGCCCUCUACCCGCGCUCAGAGCAGGCCAGCUCUCGCCAGCAGCUGCGCCCCCUGUGUGUGUGUGAGAGAGAGGACAGCAGCCGAUCCUUGACGCUGGCCCAGCGCCUGGCUGUCUGCCUGAGGACAGCCUGUGCAGUGCGCCCUCUACCCGCGCUCAGAGCAGGCCAGCUCUCGCCAGCAGCUGCGCCCCCUGUGUGUGUGAGAGAGAGAGGACAGCAGCCGAGGCUUGACGCUGGCCCAGCGCCUGGCUAUCUGCCUGAGGACAGCCUGCGCAGUGCGCCCUCUGCCCGCACUCAGAGCAGGCCAGCUCUCGCCAGCAGCUGCGCCCCCUGUGUGUGUGUGAGAGAGAGAGAGGACAGCAGCCGAGGCUUGACGCUGGCCCAGCGCCUGGCUGUCUGCCUGAUGACAGCCUGCGAAGUGCGCCCUCUGCCCGCGCUCAGAGCAGGCCAGCUCGCGCCGGCAGCUGUGCCCCCUGUGUGUGUGUGUGUGAGAGGACAGCAGCCGAGCCUUGACCCUGGUCCAGCGCCUGGCUGUCUGCCUGAGGACAGCCUGUGCAGUGCGCCCUCUACCCGCACUCAGAGCAGGCCAGCUUUCGCCAGCAGCUGCGCCCCCUGCGCGGCCGGCAACCCCGACGCGAAGCGCCUGUACGACGACCUGCUCAGCAACUACAACAAGCUGGUGCGGCUCGUCGUCAACGUCAGCGACGCGCUCACCGUCAAGAUCAAGCUCAAGCUGUCCCAGCUCAUAGACGUGAAUCUGAAGAACCAGAUAAUGACGACGAACCUCUGGGUGGAGCAGUCCUGGUACGACUACAAGCUGCAGUGGGACCCACGCGAGUACGGCGGCGUCGAGAUGCUGCACGUGCCUUCCGACCACAUCUGGCGGCCCGACAUCGUCCUCUACAACAACGCCGACGGCAACUUCGAGGUGACGCUGGCCACCAAGGCGACGCUGAACUACACGGGCCGCGUCGAGUGGAAGCCGCCCGCCAUCUACAAGUCGUCGUGCGAGAUCGACGUCGAGUACUUCCCGUUCGACGAGCAGACGUGCGUCAUGAAGUUCGGCUCCUGGACUUACGACGGCUUCCAGGUGGACCUGAGGCACAUCGACGAGGUGAAGGACUCGAACGUGGUGGAGCUGGGGGUCGACCUGUCCGAGUUCUACACGUCCGUGGAGUGGGACAUCCUCGAGGUGCCGGCCGUCAGGAACGAGAAGUACUACACGUGCUGCGACGAGCCGUACCUGGACAUCACGUUCAACAUCACGAUGCGCCGCAAGACGCUGUUCUACACGGUGAACCUGAUCAUCCCGUGCAUGGCCAUCUCCUUCCUCACCGUGCUCGUCUUCUACCUGCCCUCCGACAGCGGAGAGAAGGUGUCGCUGUCCAUCUCGAUCCUGCUGUCGCUGACCGUGUUCUUCCUGCUGCUGGCCGAGAUCAUCCCGCCCACGUCGCUGGUGGUGCCGCUGCUGGGCAAGUUCGUGCUCUUCACCAUGAUCCUCGACACCUUCAGCAUCUGCGUCACGGUGGUGGUGCUCAACGUGCACUUCCGGUCGCCGCAGACGCACGUGAUGGCGCCGUGGGUGCGGCGCGUCUUCAUCCACAUCCUGCCGCGCCUGCUCGUCAUGCGUCGGCCGCAGUACCAGAUCGACAAGCGCAGCUUCGGGCUGGCGACGACGGCCCACCGCGUCAUGGUCCGCACGUGCAACGGCCUGGAGCUGCGCGACUUGUCGCUGCUGUCGGCCGCCGCCGCCGCCGCCGCCGACUCGUCGGCCUCGUCGGAGCUGGUGGCGGAGCCCUCGCCGCACGACUUCUUCCCCAGGCUGCUCGACCACGAGUUCACCUCCAGGUAG